AUGGCUUACCAGAUUUUGAGCUACAUCGAUGUGGACCGUGAUGGAAAACUGUCACAAGACGAGAUCUACAACUUUGCUAAUGUUUAUAACAAGCUCUCAAAAGAAGAAAUCGCCAAAGUGAUUGGCACCCUUGACGCGAAUAACGAUGGUUUCCUGACGGUUGGAGAAAUCGAGCGGAUUCCAGGAAAAAUGUCUCAGUUGGCCAACAUCCAAACACCGCCUACCGUUUGA